GGGACACAGAGCAGCAGAAGUCUCAGAGCAGAGGAUUGUCGACAGAGUAGUCACGGUCAACAAGUGCUAAGCGUUCCUUCAACUGAUGAAAGCAUUUCAACGUGUCUCUUCAGUCUUUAGCAGGUUUAACAAGGAGGGAGGGUCUGUUUGCACAACCAGAAGGUUGACCAACCAAAUCCCAGGGGCUGCUGCUCUGUUCAAAAGGCAGACUUGUACAGUGAAUAUAACGACUGACCCCACAAAGUUGCUGUCCCUUCGAUGCUGGAGCCAACAUGGCGGCCUCCAGUGUGUCAAUACCCAGUUCGAGAACCACGACACUUGGGUUUGAGGACUACAGCCUUUACAGCGGCCUGUCAGAGGAUGAGCUGAUAGAGAUGGCCAUUGAGCGUAGCUUGGCCGAAGCCCAUGCAUCUGCCACUCAAAGCGGGUCUGCCAAAGUACCUGCUCUCCGUCAAAAUCCAGUCCAUCAGAAUCCAUGUGUCCGGCAGAUGAGCCGUCCACGUGAGCAGAAUGUGCCCCCGCCAGCCAACCCACCCAGUGAGAAGCCAUUUGACAAAAUGGGAACCAUUGAGGCCCAUUUUACCACUGGCAGUGGGAGGCGAAUGGUCCGCUGGCGGAAAUAUGAUGGAAGUCUACACGUUUCACCAGAACCUGUGGAACAAGCAGACCCAUUGUUCCAAGCCAUCUGGGAUGGUAAUGUGAGGAAGGUGAGAGAACUGGUGAAACUUUCCCCAAAAAGUAUGGGAGAACCCUACAGAGAAGGGUGGAUCGCCUUGCACGAAGCAGCAUACUACGGCCAAGUGGAGUGCCUCCAGAUUCUGCUGAGGGCCCGCCCAGACAUGAUAAACAAGCGUAGCGACAGAAACCAGACGCCCUUAUUCCUGGCCGUGAGCAGAAACAAUGUGCCCUGUGUCGAGUUCCUGCUGGAAAAUGGAGGGGACCCUGACAUGCCUAACACUCACAAAGAAACUCCCCUCCUGAAAGCUUGUGAACGAGAGAAUGCAGAAACCGUGGCGGUGCUCCUGAACCAUGGAGCCCUGGUGAACAAGCCCUGUGUCGAGGGCUGGACGGCUCUCCACGAGGCCGUGUGCCGCAACAGUGUGGAGAUAUGCGAGAUGCUGGUGAAGGCUGGUGCCAAAGUCAACGCUCGCAACAUGUACGGCAUUAGCCCACUGUUUUCGGCGGCCCAAAGUGGACAAUUAGACAGCCUGCGCUUCUUACUCAAAAGUGGUGCGGAUAUAAACAGCCAGGCGAAUGAUGGGGCUACAGCUCUGUAUGAGGCCAGUAAGAAUGGGCAUGAAGAGAUUGUGGAGUUCCUUCUGUCUCAGAAUGCAGAUGCCAACAGAGCAGCUAAAUGUGGGUUCCUGCCCCUGCACAUCGCUGCCGAGCGUGGAAAUGAGGGAAAAAGGCUCCUCUUCAAAAUGACCGACAACUACUGUUAUGAGAAUUCAGUUAAAAUUGUGUCCCUGCUCAUCCCCGUCACCAGCAAGGCCCGCAUACGGCGCAGUGGCAUCAGCCCCCUCCAUUUGGCCGCCGAACGCAAUAAGGAAGACGUCCUGGAGGUCCUGAUCGAGGCGGGCUAUGAUGUGAAUGCCAUGCUGUCACUUGACCGCAGCAAGAUGUAUGAGGACCGUCGGAGCACAGCGCUCUACUUCGCUGUCAUCAACAACAAUGCCGAUGCCACCACCAUGCUACUGGAUGCAGGCGCUAACCCCAACUUGGACACUUUCAGCCCACUGCUAGUGGCUCUGAGACAUGGCUGCAUCCAGACGGUCACCCUCCUGGUGGAACACGGUGCCAAUGUGAACGCCUGUGUCCCCACCCACCCCACAUCUUUCCCUGGCACUGUCAUGUUCUGCAUGAAGUACCUGUCCCUGCUCAAGUACCUGAUGGACAAUGGCUGUGACGCCCUGUCCUGCUUUCAGUGUCCCUACGGAAACAACCCUCACCCACCCAUCAAGAUAAGAAGCAACAGGAGGAACAGCCUGGAUGACAGGAAUGAAGACGAGGCUCCCAAAAUGCCUGUGCUGUUCUGCGAGAUGAUUUCAACAGACCUGAUGUCUCGCUGGGCAGGACCUAUUAUCGACGUACUGCUCGAUUACGUGGGCAAUGUGCAGCUCUGUGCCAGACUCGUUGAACAUCUGGACAGCUACGAGGACUGGGCAGGCAUCAAGGAGAAAUCUGUGCCUCCCCGCCCACUAAUGCAGCUGUGCAGGCAGACGAUCUGCAGUCUGGUGGGAGGAAAUAGGCUGAGGUACCUGAAUACCCUGCCCCUUCCAGGACGACUAAUCAAGUUCCUGAAACACGAAGAGCGUUACAGAGACGAGGACUUUUGACCUGUGGCUUGUCUGUUUAUUUGCCUUGGCUCAUUUUGUACAAAUGUCUUGGUAUGUUUUCCUAGCUCCUCCAUCACUCAUUCAUACUGUAGCAUAUACUCUAUCAGAGUGGUUCCCAAACUUGGUCCUGGAGUACCCCUGUGUAUGCUGGUUUUUGUACCCAACCACAACUGCAAUCCAGAAAUUUUAACAAGCUGUUAAUUUUUUCUUAAUUAGGUGCUUUUCAUGUUUAGAGGGAUUACUUACCCUCUUAAUCCAAUUAUCAGAUCAUUCCUGUGUUCAUAUUUAGUUAUUUGUGCUAUAUACAUUUAGCUGAACAAUUGCAUAAAAAGUGGUAAAUUAUUAUUAACUGAUAAAAUGAAAGACUAAGGUGAAUCAGUAGGCUCCUAAUUGGUGAGGCUGGCCACCAAAACUAACCUUUUGGGAAAUAAUGAAGAAUUCAAAGGCAAAGCAAAUGAUAACAAGGCAAACCGGCAUUGUUGAUAUGUUUAAGGAAAGAAAUUAGAAGUGGAAGUAUGCUCAACUAAGGCGGCACGGAUGGUGCAGUUGGUAGCACUGCUGCCUCACAGCAAGGAGGUCCUGGGUUCGAAUCCCUGUCGGCGGGGGCCUCUCUGUGUGGAGUUUGCAUGUUCUCUCCGUGUUUGCGCGGGUUUCCACCGGGUACUCUGGUUUCCUCCCACAGUCCAACGACAUGCAGGUUAGGCUGAUUGGAGAGUCUAAAUUGCCUGUAGGUAUGAGUGUGUGAGUGAAUGGUGUGUGUGCCCUGCGAUGGAAUGGUGACCUGUCCAGGGUGUAUUCCUGCCUUUUACCCAAUGUAUGCUGGGAUAGGCUCCAGCGACCCUGUUCAGGAUAAGCGGGUAAGGAUAAUGAAUGAAUGAGUGUGCUCAACUACCUCAUUAAGAGCAUGUUAAUUAUCCUCAGUCUUUUAAUUGUUUCUUCUUAUGUAAUUGUUUGCAAGAAGGUGCAGUAAGCUAAGUACAAUAUGAACACGGUAAUUUUAUUUUAUCAUGCAGUUACAAAGCUAUUUCUGGCAUGUGGUUUAAGGUAAAUAAUCCACCUAAAGGUGACACACAUAAUUAAGAAAGAUUAACAGCUUGUUAAAAUUGUGGUUGGAAUAAAAACCAGCAUACAGGAGUACUCUGGGACAGACUUUGGGAACCUCUGCUCUAUCAGGAUCUGUAUCUGCAUAUGAACAGUGUACAUAUUCACAAACAGUUCCUGGAUUCACUAGACUGUGAAUGUCUGAUCACAAAGGUACCUUCAUUUCCUUUUUUACAUAAUUAAUAACAAAAUCUAAUUUUGAUAGCUAGAGAAGUGCAUGGUGUGCUACCUUUUUAUUUUGUCAUACAAAUAUAAAAGCGCAUUAAUCAAUUAUGGAAUAUAAAAUAAUAAUAUAGAAGCGUGACAACUAACGAUCAGAAAGGCUGUGAGAGGUGAAUUAUUCAAUUCAAUUUAUAUGGCACCUAAUCUAUUAAAUUUUAGUAUGCUUAUUAACAUCUUCUGUAAUUGGUAGACAAAUGAAGAUCUAUUAAAUGACCAGUCAGGAAAAUGUAUGUCCUGUUAACAUACUAACAAAUAUGGUGAAUUUGUAUGAGUAACUGUGCUUUCAAUUAUUAUGAAUUCUGAAGGUUAUUGUGUAUGUUAAUUUGUAUAAUCCAAAAGAACAACAACUUUCCAAGGACAAUUCCAAUUUUUAUUUUUCAAAUUAUGUUCAUGUAAAAAAUUUUAAUUAUAAUUCUAUACCCAACCUGUGAGCAGUUGAUCUGAACCAUUUUGCCAGCUUGUGUGAUGCCAUGUCCCAAUGUUUAUGUGACCAUCCUUUGAUGGUGGGGUCAGGUCACCCUCCAAUUCAGAGUCAUAUUUUCGGAAUUGGCUCAUGGAAUAGAUGCUUGUUCCAUUCAUCCGUCUAAAUACCAGCCUGGGAUUAAAUAUAUUUGCAUUUUCCUUACAGAAAACAACAUUGUUCUUUCAAUCUCCAAUCAGAAGCGUUAAAGAGUUUCUAUGCUAAAUAACUAUGGCUAGUUUUUCACCCUGGGUGCACUAUGAUUUCUUGAAAUUAUUAGUCUCCCAUAGUCAGGGUAUCCAAGAGAUCUGUUAGUUCCUGAUUGCCACACCGUUCAAGAGUGGAGCACUUUGGUCGAAAAUGUAGCCAUAGUUCUCAAAAAGGAAUCGUAUUAGAGAUGUUUUAUUGGUGCUUUACAUGAUCGUCUUCCAGGUUUCAUUUAUUUUCAAGUUUACUUGCUAGACCUUUGGCUUAUGAAGUGAAAAACAGGUACAGGUAACACUGUUGCUGCUGGGUCAUGUUCUAUUGCAAUAGUUUGUAUUAUGGAACGGAAAUAUUUCGUGAAUGCUGCUGCUUAUAUGUUUUUUUAUAUAAAUACAUUUUCUAUUGGUAUUUAUUGCAUAGCUACUGUAUAUUUUAGAUAUAAAUUUUAUGUUUUCAUUUUUGAGUCAUACACUCUGUUACAUGCUGAUCAAACACAAGAUGUGCUGUAUAUUGCAAGUCAGGCCAGAUUAGACAAGUUUCACUGUUUUUGAGACUAAAACAAAUUAGCAUGAGCAUCUCUGCACGGAUAAUCCAAAUCUAAUUUGGUUCUUUUCAUCUGUACAAACUUUGUACUUUUAUUUUUUUUAUAAUUUCGCAUCUGGGGGAGGGGAAAGGAAACAGGAGGGUAGCCGGUUGCGUCUGGUUAGGUUGAUGUUACAUUUUUGACCAGCAAGUCAGUUUCUUUGUUCCGCAUUUUUGCUGCUCUAUGCCCUUGAAGCUCUGUAAACUGUGCUGUAUUUCUGUAAAUAAAUAAAUAAAUAAAUAAAUAA